GUUACGGAAGUACCGACAUUCUACAACAGUGGAGUUUGGGCCCCAGCUAUACUUGGCUCCAAGUAAACAGAACAAAAGCAAAAGUGUAUGUCUGUUUUCCAUAUUACAAGCAGACUGCAUACGCUACACUUUAAACAACCAGCGGUUUGACAAUGGGAGCGAGCAACAGCACCCGCCGUGUGUCAUUUGAGUCAGAUGAGAACGACAAUAUAACCGUGGUGAAGGGCAUAAGGCUUUCUGAAAAUGUCAUUAAACGGAUGAAAGAACCCACUUCUCCUCCAAAACAUCUUGCUCCCUCUUCAGCACCUUCCAUGGCACCAACCCUCACUCCACCUCCUCUCCUGCAGCCAGUGCCUCCCCCUUUUGAUCCAGUUACCUCAUUGCCUCCUUCCUCACUUCUUGUAGAACCUGCUGCACCUCCAGCUCCUCCUUCAGUUCCAUCCACCACAGAAAAUGUGAUUGCACCUCCUCCUCAACCUCCCGUCGAACAGGUAGCAGCACCCACCAUAGCUGAUAUGGUGUUCCCAUCACCCCCAGCUACUGCUAAUGCUGUUGCUGCUCCUGCUUUUGAGCCUGUAGCAACACCUCCUCCACCUGCUGCUGCUGUUGACAUGGUAACUUUGCCAACAUCUCUCCCUCCUCCUGCUUCUGCUCCCAUUGAACCUCUAACUCCUGCUCCCUGCCCUGCUCCAGCUGUGGUGGAGGUGAUCACUUCCCUCCCUCCUCCUCCCAUUGUAAUCGAACCCUCUCUUCCCAUAAAUCAAUCCAUUGCUUCUCCUCCAGUAAUUGAACCCAUUGCUCCUCCACUUGUGAUUGAGUCCCUUGCUUCUUCAUCUGUGUUUGAAUCCUUUUCACCUCCUCCUCUUGUCAAGACUGAACCCAUCACCUCGCCCCCUCUUCCCGAAUCAGAACCCCUCUCUUCCCUUCCUGUUUUCGAGCCUGUCACCAUCUUGCCAGCAUCCAUACCACCUACAGGGGAGUCUUUGUCCCCGCAGCCUGCUGAGCCACUUGCUGCACCCCUGUUGCCUGACUUUACUCCUCUGUAUGAACCACUUGCACCUCCUCCUCAGCCCACAGUGGAACCAUUAUCACCUGCUCCAGUCCCUGAGCCAGUGGCAGUGCCUGAGUCAAGUCCAGUCCCACCACCUACUGUGGAACCAGCAGUGGAUGAAGAAGCCCUGAGGAAGAAGAUCACUGAUGAGCUGUAUAAAGGCUUGGAGCAAGAGAGGGCCAAAGCAGAGCAAGAGAUGCAAGCCUGGUUUGAGGAAGAAAAGGCCCGGGCAUCAGCUCAAGCUCAAACUGAGAUCCAGACCCAAGUUCGGGAUGAAGUGUCCCGGAUCCUGUCAGUGGAGCGGUCCGCGGCCCAAGACAACCUCCAGCAAGCUAUUAUAAGGGAGAGGAUCACCACAGAGGAUGAGAAGCUCCGUGCUCAGCUAUUUGCUAAGCAGCUGGAGGCCAAAGAAGCAGAUCUGAAGAAGCAGGAUGCUUUUUACCGAGAGCAGGUGGCCCGGCUGGAGGAGAGGAGCGCUCAUUUCUACAAGGUCACCACGGAGAACUACCAUAAAGCAGCAGAUCAGGUUAAUGCAAAAUUCAAGAGGUAUGAGGCUUAUCCUGUGUGUCCAGACCUUCAGGGCCAGAUCCUUGCAUGCUACAAGGAGAAUGUUGGAAAAACCUUGAACUGUUCCAACAUAGCAGCUCUUUACCUGCAGUGUGUAAACAAUGCCAAACAGAACAAGUUGAGGACGGGCGGAUAAGAAUGAGAGAGAGAGAACGGAGCGAUGAAGAGCAUAUUGCGGGGGAUUAUAGAUUGACGGACGGACUGACUGACAGACUAAACCAUAGCGGUGGUGGAGAGGAAUAAGUCAGCACCUAGACACGCACCCUCAAAACCCUGUGGAGAACCAAACCAGAACCAAACCACACUAGAGGCACUGAACACAGCACCCUGCAAGGGAAAUAGACACCUUGUUCCCUCUGUUCCUACCUCCUUUCCUACUUCUUUAACCCUUUAUCUGUUUCUCCUGUGAGUAUGGCAGAGGGACAAUGACUGUCCAACAUUGUGGAGACAGCAGGACACAACAGGUCUGAGCUUGGGCAUCUACUCAGACUUUAAAGAUCAACCAGAACCACCUCAAGAAAGCCAGUCACUUCUUUCAUAAAUUAUCUCUCAUUCUAAGUUAGACAACUAAAGAAA